GCCUACCAUUGUUCGCUAAGUGAAUGAUGAGAAUGGCUGCAUGGCUAUUGACGAGUUCCCCCUUACUACUUGGGGCCUCCUUUGUAGAGCUACUUCAAUAAGACGACUCAGAUAUCCUCACCUUAGAAAACUUCUGAAUUUUGCAGCCAUCACGAGAGCGGAUUUCAAUGGAUAACCUUCGUCGCUGGUCGGAAACCGACUACUUUUAUCCACGAUGGUCUCUUCCUUUGUUUUCUGGAACGUCCCGACUGGUCUCGUAGAACUAGAACAGAUAGGCCAUGCCCUUUCAGAUACUAGAGACGAUGGAGGUUUAAAAUGGAAGAGGCUCUCUUUAAGAGCUCCUAGGCUACCUUGCGCCAGCUCAUCGGCAUUAAUAUAUCUCUACUAAUACUCCCUUCAGUGAUAUUCUAGAGUCUAGUUAUCUAGAGGAAAUUCCGCGAGUGAAGAUCCUACAUGCGAUAUGGGAAGAAAAGCUAAGGGUCGGCGCCCAAAGACUUCAAACAACAAAUGGGGACCGCAGGACGGGGGAAUCGAUAACCAAAACCAUACGCAUGGCUUCAAACCGCCCACGAGGGGCCCUCGCCCCUCUCAUAGAAGAGGACCCCAGGCUUACCGACGCGCAUCCUACGGUCCACACAUAACGGCAAACCAAUAUAACCCAUUCGACCUGAAUAAUAACAAUCGAGGGCGAGGCGGGGGAGGAAGGGGUGGCGGAAGAAGCGGACAAGGUGGUCGUGGAAGUCACGAUAACAAUUCUAAUAUUGCCGGCGACCUGAACGAUAACGACAAUUUUACUCCCGAAGGUCCUACUUUCUCACCCAAGGCCUCACGACAUGAUAACCACAAUAACAGGGGCAAUAGAGGUAGAGGCAGUCCAAACCAGCGCUUCUGCGUCGAAUGCAGCUCCGUCCGCCGCGUCAACCUCCGUUUCCGAGACUGGGCCGCGCAAGCCCUACGGCAAUGCGGAAAGCGCUUCGUCGCAUGGGCGGAGGAAGCAGGCGUUGAAUUCGGGGCGGUAGACGAAAUGGACUGGCAACCGGAACCCGUGACGCAAGUCCUAUUCCUCCGCUCACCCCCCGAGCAAAUGCCGCCUCCACCGAUGAACAAAGGAGCGGAGAAAGUAAUCCAGCAAUUCCAGCAAUACCUAGAACUCCAACAACAGCAACAGCGAUAUCAGCAACCACAACACCAAUAUACAAACCCAAGCAUAGGACCCCUCCCAUACCCCGGUCCCUGGGCCUGGCCCCCUUAUUCCGAUGGCUCUAUGAGUACUACCGCGACUUCAUCCACAUUGCCUUCACCAACUGGUCAUCAAAACGGCACUCUUUACAACAACCCCCAACCCCAAUACGCCCCCCUCAAUCCCGAUCCGAAGACCCUGGAUUCUGUCAUUCCUAUGCCCAUUUCCAGCUUCGGCAUCCUCGGUGGCAUGACUACCGGCCCAGGUAUGAACCAACAAUGGCAGCAACAGCAGCCUUGUGUUACAUCUCACGCGCCGCUCCAACCUCCCGUGAUGACGAGUGCGUGUAGCGGGGGACUAGGGUUGGGAUCGGAGAUAGGUUCAUUCGGAGGCGCGGGGGUGCCGGUGUCCCUCGGGAAAAGACGUAAUAGCGGUAGUGUGGAAGAGGGCCGGUUGUCGCCGUAUGAGAGGGUUGCUAAUAGAUGACCAUCUCUAGGGUCCUCGAUGAAUGGAAUGAGUGAAGAUGCUACCACUACCCCUGAGCGGCGUGAGCUACCUUGGUAGUCAUAAUGUACAUAAACGGCAAGAGCUGUUGUGGUAGUUAAGACAAGUAAGCCACCUUUUUGCCUUACUAUGUCAUUGGCAAUGUCAGAAAAUUUUAUCAGGUUCGACUUUCAAGCAAACUAAAGAUAUGAGAAAUGAGGCUUUAGGCGCCGUAUAGUCGGGACAUUUAGCGGUUAGAGUAACUUUUGUAUAAAAUAGAUAGACGAA